AUGUCUGACGCAGAAGAGGCCGUGGAGGAGUACGAGGGGGAGCAGGAAGAAGCAGCUGCGGAAGAGCAGGAAGAGGCUGCGGAAGAGGAGGCAGCAGAAGAGGAGGCUGACGGGGAGGCGGAGGCGGAGGCGGAGGCGGAGGCCGAGGAGACCAACGCAGCCGAUGACAGACAGGAAGAGGACGGUAAAGAGGCUGGAGAUGGCCCCGUGGGGGAGUCCAAACCCAGGCCCAGGCCAUUCAUGCCCAACCUGGUGCCGCCCAAGAUCCCCGACGGAGAGAGAGUGGACUUCGAUGACAUCCAUCGGAAGCGCAUGGAGAAGGACCUGAAUGAGCUGCAGACGCUGAUCGAAGCUCACUUUGAGAACCGGAAGAAGGAGGAGGAGGAGCUUGUCUCGCUCAAAGACCGGAUUGAGAAGCGGCGGGCAGAGCGGGCGGAGCAGCAGCGCAUCCGCAGCGAGCGGGAGAAGGAGCGGCAGACCCGCCUGGCGGAGGAGCGAGCCCGACGGGAGGAGGAGGAGAACCGCAGGCGGGCGGAGGACGAGGCGCGCAAGAAGAAGGCCCUUUCCAACAUGAUGCACUUCGGAGGUUACAUCCAGAAGACGGAGCGGAGGACUGGGAAGAGGCAGACGGAGCGGGAAAAGAAGAAGAAGAUUCUGGCCGAGAGGAGGAAGGUGCUGGCCAUCGACCACCUGAACGAAGACCAGCUGAGGGAGAAAGCCAAGGAGCUGUGGCAGAACAUCUAUGACCUGGAGGCUGAGAAAUUCGACCUGCAGGAGAAGUUCAAGCAGCAGAAAUACGAGAUCAAUGUCCUCCGGAACAGAAUCAACGACAACCAGAAGGUCUCCAAGACCCGAGGGAAGGCCAAGGUCACUGGGCGCUGGAAGUAG